UUUUUUUUUUAAUAGCUGUCUUAAUUAAUUAGUGAAAAUGGAUUCAAAAGCUGAAGGUCUUCGUCAAACUAUGUUUGAGAAGCAAAGACAAAAAAUUUACGAAGAAUCUGAAAAAGAGCGUCAAAAAAAUGCAAAAUUGAGCGAAGUUCGUGUAGGAUCUGACAAGUUUGUCAAGACAAAAUCAGACAUUGAAUCGCAAUUAAAAAGUAGUACGAUUGGUUUAACUGAAUUAAAAGAUUAUCGAAAAAUUAGAGAAAAUUUGGAAGAACAACAAAAGCGAGAAGCUGCGAAAACUGCACCUUUAAGUGAUGAAAAGAGAAAAAAGAAGAAGAAGAAACAAAUUUUAAAGUUAUCAUUUGCUGGCGACGAUGACGACGAAGAAGAAGAAGAAGAGAAUGAUUAUGAAGAGAAUAAAAAAGAAACAAAGAAAAGAAGAUUCAUGAAAGAUCCUACAGUUGAUACAAGUUUCUUGCCAGAUAGAGAAAGAGAGGAACGAGAACGUAUUGAACGAGAAGAGCUUAGAAAAGAAUGGAUUGCAAAGCAAGAAAAAGUUAAAAAUGAGAGAAUCGAUAUUACCUAUUCAUAUUGGGAUGGUAGUGGACAUCGUAAAGUUGUGACAUGCAAGAAAGGAGAUACGAUUCAGCAAUUUUUAGAAGCCUGUCGUCAACAAUUUCCUCAGUUACGUGGUGUAAAUACAGAUAACUUGUUAUAUGUUAAAGAAGAUCUUAUAAUUCCUCAUCAUUAUACUUUUUAUGACUUCAUCAUAAAUAAGGCAAGAGGUAAAUCUGGACCUUUAUUCAGUUUUGAUGUCCAUGAAGAUAUUCGUUUUGUCAAUGAUGCAACCAUAGAAAAAGAUGAAUCUCAUGCAGGUAAAGUGGUGGAAAGGGCUUGGUAUGAAAGAAAUAAACAUAUUUUUCCUGCAAGUCGAUGGGAAGUUUUCGAUCCAGCAAAAUCAUAUGGAAAAUAUAGAAUUAAAGAUAGCAAGAAUAAUGUUCUUAGUAUUUAGAAAUAACAUAAAAUCAUUACAAUUGAUUAGUAAAAUUUACUAAUGAAUAAAAUAUGCAUGUAAGAUUACAAAUAA